AUGGGACCUCAAAAUAUUAAUGCUGAGGAGAAAUCGGUUGGGGUGGAGUCCAGAGAUGAGAAACCUGGCGUCUUUCAUGAUGAGCAUUCGGAGCAUCUAAAUAAGGGUGCUCAUGCAAUUGCAGAGAGAGGCAAUGCAGCGACUGAUAGCCAUGGCCAGUCACUUGUUACAUUUGAUCCCGUUGCGGAAAGAAAGUUGAGAUUGAAGAUUGAUUUGAUGAUUGUUCCUACCGUGGCAUUAUUAUAUCUAUUUUGUUUUAUCGAUAGAGCAAACAUAGGCAAUGCCAAAUUAGCAGGACUUGAGAAGGAUCUAAAUAUGAAGGGAUACGACUAUAACAAAGUCCUAUCUAUCUUUUACAUCUCAUAUAUCAUCUUUGAAAUCCCCGCGAAUAUGGCAUGCAAAUGGAUGGGCCCAGGAUGGUUCAUCCCAGGAACUUCGUUAGCGUUUGGGAUUUGCUCUAUUGCCACCGCAUUCGUGCACAACAUCCACGCGAUCUCAGGCGUUCGUUUCCUCUUGGGUAUCUUUGAGGCAGGUAUGCUGCCUGGUAUCGCAUACUAUCUUUCCCGUUGGUAUCGACGAUCUGAAUUGGCUUUCCGUCUAUCGUUGUAUAUUGUCAUGGCCCCAUUGGCUGGCGCAUUUGGAGGUUUGCUCGCCUCGGGGAUUCUAAAACUUCCAGGCUUCGGCUCACUUCACACUUGGCGAAUGAUCUUCGCCAUUGAAGGUAUCAUUACCUGUUGUCUCUCACUCAUUGCCUUUAUCACCCUGACCGAUCGCCCUGCCACUGCAAAAUGGCUCACGCAGGAAGAGAAAGACCUCGCAAUCGCUCGUGUUAAAUCCGAGAGAGUUGGCGCUACCGAAGUCCUAGAUGCAUUUGACACUAAAAAGGUUCUCCGCGGUAUCUUCAGUCCAGUCACUCUCGCUACAUCCUUCAUUUUCCUCCUCAAUAAUAUCACCGUCCAAGGUCUUGCUUUCUUCGCCCCCACAAUCGUGAGGACUAUUUACCCCACAGCCACUGUUGUCUCUCAACAACUACACACUGUCCCACCUUACGUUGUCGGUGCAUUCUUCACAGUUCUUUUCCCAUUCCUCAGCUGGCGCUUCGAUCGACGCAACAUCUUUUUAAUCGCAAGCGCCCCCUUGCUUAUGUGCGGCUACAUCAUGUUCCUCGCCAGUGACGAUGGCCAAACCCGCUACGGAGCCACUUUCCUCAUCGCCAGCGGAGCCUUCUCUUUCGGCGCACUGUGCAAUGCUCAAGUCGCUGCUAAUGUAGUUUCCGAUACCGCGCGCUCUAGCGCAAUCGGUACUACUGUCAUGAUGGGUAAUAUCGGUGGUCUCAUCUCCACGUGGUCAUUCUUGCCCACCGAUGCACCUAAUUACCAUAUUGGAAAUGGGCUCAAUCUCGCGACUGGAACGACUAUACUGAUUUUCUCGAUUUUAUUGCUCUUUUGGAUGAAGAUGGAUAAUAAGAAGCGAGAAGCGAGAGAUGUGGAUGCGGAGUUGAAUGGGUUGAGUCAAAUGCAAAUCCAGGAUUUGGAUUGGAGACAUCCGGGAUUCAAGUGGAAGCCUUAG